UGGCCCAAAAUUUUCGGUACUGUUUCAAUAUUUGUCGUUUAGUACAAAAACCAUCUUCAGCUAGCUCUGGAAAAACGUUCGCAGCAGCUCAUACUUCCCUAUCCCAUCCCUUUACCCUCAGUCCCACUCUCAAAUUCAGUCAUCUCACAGGUCCGGUUCACUUCUCAUCUCACACGCCAAUGCCCAUGCAUAUGUACAGUACUCACCUUACUCCUAUGGAUUAAGAGAGACUUCUGUUCUCUGGUUUGACCAUUUCAAUUUCAGCUACAACUCCGAUGUUGAUCUAUUCUCGAUUCCCACACCCGUUUUUCUAGCAACCCUCUAUUCCUCCCAUUGUCUGACCACCGUGAAUCUUGGCAAUCGAAAUAGUUCUGGUUCUGGAUGUCUUCAGGAAAGCUUCAUCGUGGACCUCAGUGAUAUGAUGUGGAGACCUAUCUAUGCGGCGUCCAAGGGCAGUCGUCGGCGGAUGAAUCCAUCGCCGUUGGAGUCAACCUGCACCACCAUCUCCUCUACCUCGGUCUCAGUCACGAAGAUGCUGAGGUUGUCUCAAUCUCAAGACAACGUUGAUGGCGGCAUGGAUCAUCACCGACAGCGUCGUUGUUUCGGUGAGGAUGACAUCAUGUCGUCGGAUGUGGAGUACGACUUCGAGGAUGAAGAUGGGGAGCUGACGACGAUGAAGAGUUUAUAGAUCUUGAGUGGGAUUAGAAGAAGGGCAAACACGCUGGGAAGAGUAUAUGGGAAUCCACUCCCAAGUCCCAUGUAAGCGGACUAACAACCCUAAAUUCAGAAGUCGUAGCCGACACCCAUGGACGCCACUCCAGCUUGCCGACUAAUUUAAGUGACGGUUCUUUGCUGGAUUGACGGUCACCCUGCCACAUGGUACGAUUCUCCUCUUUAACUCCCAUAUUUUUUCCUCCGCUACGCUCCUAAUGUCGGCUUGCUGCCCUCCCCUUCAGUUUUUUCGGUUGUGCAUCUUUCAAGUUUUCUUGCGUAGAUUUGUAUGCUAAUGACCUCUAUGUUUGUUUGCUUGCUAUUUUCCAUUUGAAAGAUUUAAGUCCACCAAGCAAGACUCUUACAAGUGCUAAUCUUUUAAGGUUUCUGUAUGUGAAAGUAAAUUCUGAUGUAGAGGUGUUUCAAUCAUUCAAGUUGUAAUAUCUUACUCUUGGUAUUUUGUUUGUUUCCAACUUAGUCUCAUGGCCUCAACUACAUCUGCCCACCAGGCAAAUGAUGUUGGUGCCUUGCAAGUCAGCUGUUUAACUGUCUUUGUAGAUGAACUCGCUCUUCAUUUCCAUAUCAUCCCACUUUGUCAUUAUCCUUCUUCUCCUUUUGACUUGCUCUAAAUGUUAAGUUACUUGCUUGCUUGAUUGAUUUUUCUCUCACUGGCUACAGUUCUGCCAGGAUGGGUAACCUUUAUCAGCUGCCCACAAUUGUAUCAUAAGAAGUUGUAGAGUUGCAUCUUUGAUGUUGGGGAGAUUUCCAGACUGUAGUCACAAACAACAACCCAUCAGCAACCUUUUUGAAGAGAGUGACUUUUAAUGGAUUCCACCCUAUCCUCUGUUGUUCAUGGAUCCCUCAUGUACACCUGCCACGGCCUACCGUCGCUGUCGCAAGCUACCAUCCGCUCUCAACGGACACUCCAUCGGCCUUGGCUCUGCGGUAAACUACAGACUGACAAUCCUUUCACCACUUCUCUUCACUGUCACUAAAUAUGAACUUUCUGAAUUCAUACUCUUUGAUCUAGGUUCUGUUUACUUAUGCGUUUUGAGGUUUAUGAAAAUUUGGACACAUGGAGUAGCUUGCCGAAAGGUUCAGGCUUUGAUUGACAAAGGUUUGGAUUACUCAAACUCGGCAUCUGGGUUGACAUAUCCUUCCUUCAAAUUGAAGGAACUCAGAAUAUAGUAAAAAAUGGGACAAAGAUGAUAUCACUUUUUUGUCUGCUUAUGAUUCUUGAGCUUUAUGAGAUUGAAGAGGUAGCUGAAAGAUUCUGGAGUGAUUUAAGAAUUGUUGAAAUUAGACAAACUAUGCAUAUGGGUUGAAGUUUGGUUCAAGGUUGCUAGGUAGUUUGAUAUGUAUCUUUGCGGCUUUUCUUUGCAAUUGAUGAUGGCAGGUUGAGGUAAUAACAACAAGCAUACCUAACUUUUGAUUUGAUGAACAAUUAUUAGUCUUUUUUUUUAAUAUCAAAGUUACAAUAAGCUGGUUCAAAGGUUGAAGUGAGAGAAGCUUGAUCUGCUCACACCAUCCACCAGUUCAUUUGAUUUAUCCAUAGAGUAUUCAUGCUCAACCACCGACACUUUUUCUGCUUCUUCAUCUUUGACUGGUGGAGAUUUUGAUUCUCAUAUUCACAGGUUUGUUACUUUUGACAAUCAUCAUAGUUGUUUGGCCCGCCUCGAUGUGAUUCUUAUGCCCAAAAUGGGAUUAAGAUUUUUUGUAGGGAAGUUGAACAUCAUUUAAGCCGUACUUAAUGGCCUACGACAAGUUUUGAUCCCUUUGGAUCAAAAGCUUCCACCUCUCGAGUUUCAAACAGAGAAGUAGGAAAUGGUAAGUAGCAGCAUGCCUUUGGAUCAAAAGCUUCCGCCUAUCUCGACUUCCAAACCGAGAGGCAGGGAAAUGGUAAGCAAUAGGAUUCCCGCGACCCUAAGAGAAGUUUCAUACAGUUCUAAUUUGAGGUUUUCGCUUGAUUUCUGUUCGGAGAAUUGCCAGCAAAAUCUUAAUGUUAGGUAUUGAAGGCCAAGCUCGAGUUUUGAGUUUCCCUUGCUUAAAGGCAGAUGUUUAAAUUCUUAUGUUGUCAGUUCUGGAUUUAAUGUUGCCUAAUGUAUGGCUAUUCCUGGCUGUUGCAGUUUGAAUAGGUUUCUAGGUAGGUUUAAAAUCAGAACUGAGCUUAAUAAGGACAAAUUCAGGUGGAAGCUCCCAAGCACACAGAGAAUGCUAUGAAAUGAAACAAGUCACACCAAUUAUGAAGGUGAAGAAGAGAUCCAUUGACCAACUGUUUUUAAUAUUUUGUUGUCUUUGUUUGUUUGUUCGUUCGUCCUGUUCAUUUUCCUUUUAUAAUGAAUAAAACAUGUUUAA